CAACUAUGGAGAAUGAAGCCCAGCCAUUGCAGGACCCAGUCAUGGCUCAACCCAUCCCAACCACACAGUCACCUUCUUCCACUCCUAUUCAACAACAGUCUCCUCCCAUCAGACGGAAAAUGUCCAUUGCUGAGCGAGCCACUGCUGCCAUCGAAUCCCGGCUUUCUGCAAGCAAAGAUGCUCUGCGUCGCACUUCCACCAGAGACUCUUGUCAUAGCAGCAAUGCCAACAUUGUCAAUGUCGGAACUGCCAUGAGUUCUGUCAGUCCAUCUUCGCUGUCUUAUUCUUCUUUAGUGCCCAGCAUUGAUGAUCAGAAUGCCUUUUCUAUGAAUCCCGAAGACUAUGAGCUUGGCCAGGUUAUUGGUCAAGGAUCAUCCGCAUCUGUGUAUAUUGCCAAGUAUAAACCGCUGCAACGAGCCAUCAGCAUGAAAGUGAUUGACUUGGAUUUGUUUGAACGCAACCAGAUUGAUGAACUCAGAAGAGAAAUUCAGAUCAUGUCACUGUCAAAACAUCCAAAUCUUCUCCCUGUUUAUGGAUCGUUUGUCAAUGGUUCAAAGCUGUUUAUUGUCACCCCUUUUUUAGCUGGUGGUUCAUGCUUGGAUAUCAUGAAAACUUCAUUCAAGGAAGGUUUCGACGAGGUUUCUAUUGCUACCAUUCUCAAGCAGGCACUACAGGGUCUCGACUAUUUACACAAGAAUGGCCUUAUUCAUCGUGAUGUCAAGGCUGGCAACUUACUGAUUGAUAAAGAUGGUCUUGUUCAGCUCGCUGAUUUCGGUGUCAGUUCCUCUUUAAUGGAUGCUGGCGAUCGUCGCGGAUUGAGAAAAACGUUUGUAGGAACCCCUUGUUGGAUGGCCCCUGAAGUCAUGGAACAAUCUGGCUAUAAUUACAAGGCUGAUAUUUGGAGUUUUGGUAUUACUUCCUUGGAGCUUGCUAAUGCUCAGGCGCCAUACGCAAAAUUUCCUCCAUUAAAAGUGCUGAUGCUUACUCUCCAGAACGAACCCCCAACUCUAGACCGUGACUCAACCAGAGGAAGAUUCUCAAGACAAUUCAAAGAUAUGAUUGAUAUGUGUCUUAAAAAAGAUCCUGCACGUCGUCCUACGACUGAAAAACUGCUACAACAUUCGUUUUUUAAAUUUGCCAAAAAAAACAGCUAUCUUGUAUCCAAUGUUCUAUCCAACAUGGUUCCAAUCACUGAGCGACAGCAUUUGCAUAGUAUGUGGUCUAUUCAAUUCUGA